AGGCUGCAAAGCUGAAAUUCUAAUUGUUAAACAAGUUUCUCAAAUGUAGUGCUUUGAAAAAAAAUAGAAUUGAGUUGUAAUACAUUCCCUGGAAAAUUGUAGCAAAAAAUACUUAAGCUCUCACCCCUCACACAGGUGGAAAAGACUCUCAAUCUUUUAAAGGCUCCAUCUAUUCUUUAACACAUUUGAAGAAUCUCAGAGUGCCAGCAAGAGCUUUAAAAAAAUGAAAAUUAUGCUUGGAAACAGAUAUUGGAGUAGUUGAGACGACUCCGAGCAGCAGUCAGAUUAGGAGGUUUCGCGGCGCCCACCGCAGGGCGUGUAAAAGAAUAAGACACGAUUUUAAUAUUUCAGUAUCCAAAGUGAGAAAAGAGACGGCGGCGGCUUAUAAGAGGUAUUACUGUUAAGGAUUACAGUUCUGCCUGUCGUGGAUCAAUGUGAUGAUGUACGCUUCCAGAUUGUAGAUUUAAUGAAUGACUUCCUGUCCAUUAAGAUAUAAAGGAAUACCUUCCCAUUUAUGAGAUUUAUUAGUUCAGGUAAUUGGAACAAGAGGAGGAAUUAUGAGAGACAGACUGAAUUUUCGACUCCAAAGACCGAUAGGUUGAAGGAGUUUGCCAGCGCUUUGACCCCCCCAAACCACAGCUAUCACAGCUGUUCACUCAGGGGUUUUGGGACUCAGUGUAUUUUACAAGAAAGGCCCUUCUCUUCUUCUCAUUCUUUCAAGAUUCCUCACUUCAGUGCUUAAUGGUUUCUUUUGUUGAUGAACUGAUUUCUCUGCGAAAUUCUGGUGCUGAUGCUUUGAUGAUAAAUUUAAAACUCGCAGAGCUGCUGCAGGUUUAGGAAACGCCUCCAACAGUCUCAGGCCUCUCGUUUAAAGCCUUUACAACUCCUCUCUUUUCACCCUCAGCCCUUUUUCUCCCUUCUCUCCCUCUCCCCCCUUUUUUUUUUGUGAAUGGCGGCAGAUUUCCAGCUCUGCCGUUCUCCCCAGGAGUUUUUUUGCAGGGAUCAGCUGUCUCAUUCACAGACUGAGGCCGGUGACGCAUCCAUCCUGUGCUUCAGUUCGGACACAGACUUGGCUGCUUGGUUGUGGUUUUCACUACUAAAGGGAAAACGUAACAGAGGAGACUUUUAGAAGCCCAAGUUCCCGACAAUGACGAGCAGUUCGUUCCAGACUUCCAGACUGAAAACUUGGCUUUCCACGGACUGCAGCUGAAGAUCAAACGAGAGCUGCACAGCCCGUGUUCAGAGCUUAGCUCCAACUGUAGCCAAGAACGGCCCUUCAAACUCCAGUAUGGAGAGAAGUGCCCAUACAACGUCAGUGCCUAUGAGCAGAAGCAGCCUGCAGGAAUGAAGCCCUCCAGCCCAGUGACGCCCCCCUGUAGCACCCCUGUGUCCCCCCUCCAUCAUGCCUCACCAACGGCGGCCCCAACGCCCAAACCAGACAGGACCUACGCUCACGUACCGCCCUCACAGCCGCUCCCUGACAAUGCCUACUCUAUGGACCACAGAUUUCGUCGUCAGCUCUCAGAGCCAUGCCACUCAUUCCCCUCCCCACCGACGAUGGCUCGGGACAGCCGCCCCAUCUACCACAGGCAGAUGUCAGAGCCCAACAUCCCCUUCCCUCCUCAGGGAUUCAAGCAGGAGUACCCCGACCCCCUCUUUGAACACCCGGCCAUGAUGGGGGCGCCGCUACCCCACACAUACCCCACCACCAUGAUGAUCAAGCAGGAGCCCAGAGACUUCACCUAUGACUCAGCAGAAGUGCCUAGCUGCCAUUCUGUCUACUUACGGCAAGACGGCUAUCUGGCUCACACUAACAGGACUGAAGGUUGUAUGUUUGACAAAGUGGUGAGGCAUUUCUACGAUGAUACCUGCGUGGUGCCUGAAAAGGCCGAAGGUGACAUUAAGCAGGAGUCAGGUAUGUACCGCGAGGGCCCGUCGUACCAGCGCAGAGGCUCGCUGCAGCUCUGGCAGUUCCUGGUGGCUCUGCUCGACGACCCGUCCAACUCCCACUUCAUCGCCUGGACCGGCCGCGGCAUGGAGUUCAAACUCAUCGAGCCGGAGGAGGUGGCACGUCGGUGGGGGAUACAGAAGAAUCGACCGGCGAUGAAUUACGACAAACUCAGCCGAUCGCUGCGCUACUACUACGAGAAGGGAAUCAUGCAGAAGGUGGCCGGCGAGAGAUACGUGUACAAGUUCGUGUGCGACCCUGAGGCCUUGUUCUCCAUGGCGUUCCCCGACAAUCAGCGGCCUGUGCUGAAGACUGACAUGGAGCGGCAGAUCAACGAGGAGGACACGGUGCCGCUGUCGCACUUUGACGAAAACAUGGCCUACGUACAGGAGGGGCCCUACUGCCAGCCGCACCCCUACAGCGAGGGCUACGUUUAUUAAUGUCAGCCCCAAACACACACACACACACACACACACACACACAAACAAACAGACACACACACAGACACACACACACACACACACCUCCACUCCACCGGUCUCCUCCUCCGUACACCAGAGACUGUCGUGUCCUCUAAUUCACAGUCGCUCCAGGAAUAAGACUGAACACACACAUUCAGCGGAGCCCCCCCCACCCCCCACCCCCCCUCUUUUUUUUUUGCUCUUGUCUUUCUGACGUCCGCAGCAGGAUGGAGAGUGCACUUUAUGGACACGAAACGGCUCGGGGAUAACCUGCCAGGGGCCAGCUAUCUAUGUGGUUCUUUAUGUUUGUACAUUAAUGUGGAAAUUAUUCUGAUUGUUUUUUAUUAUUUUUAUUAUUAUUAUUAUGAUUUUUGAGCAUGUGACUGCCUAUUGAGACGGGACUCAAUGGCUAAUUCAUGGUCACCCAACAACAAAAUCUUCAACUUUGAUUUUCAUGCAAAGGAAACGGUCUCGUCCACACGUGUGCAGCAAAUCCAAGGAUGAUCACUUUUGCUCGACCGUCCUUUAGUCUGCCUCAAACCCCCAUCCUGUACUUUUAUGCUCAUUUAAGUGAAUCCUGGCGACGCAUUGUAACGAUACUUUUUUGGUGAAGUGAUACGAUAAUAAGAAAAAGUAAUAAAAGAGACAUUUAGCCACCAUCAGUGAGAACUUCCUCGCCACCUGUUUGAACACAGCAGCAUCUUUGCCCCUCAUCCAAUCAAACUGUAGAUCUCAUGUCGGUGUUCUUAAUGUAAGGACCCAAACACCACUGGAUAAACGACUGAAAACCUCGUGGGAUAGUGAUGAUGAGACAAACGCAUUCAAAGACGCACUUGAAUUGUACUGAACUGUGUGGAUGAAAGUAUGAUUUCUGCACCACAUGUGAACAGCCUGUGUUUAGGAUAAUCAAUAAACCCGGAGGCCGCUGUAAAAUAACACAUUAACAGUUUCCUUUGUAUUCUGAAAUACGUCAAAGCCACUCAUUUUAGUCAUUCAGGUGUUGAGUUUUUUUAAAAGAAUAACUGGUAAAAGUGUAUGUACAGUUUAAGUGGAAACAGCAAUCACAACAUUCAAGAUAAGGUUUGCAUCCCUGGUCACUGGUAUAGACAAUAACAGACUAAAAAAGAAAAAAAUAAUUCCCAGAAUUUUUUUAUUAUUUUUUGUUCCAGGUGAACAUGAGGUGUAUAUUAUGAUUAAAAAUGUUGCAAAGCCAUUGAUAGGUUUGGUUUUUGGUUAAAGAAAAAAUGUAUAAGAAAUAUCUAGAGCUUUAUAAUGUGAUGACAAACAUUCAUGUUAUAAGAAGAAAAAAAAGUGUUCCAUUAUAUAAUCGGGUAAAUCCACAUUUUGUUGCUGCUUCAAAUUGUACAUGUAUUUUCUAGUCUCAAGAUAAAAAAGAAAGAAAAGAAGUGCAGCACAUGUGGCUUGCUGUUCUAAAGUUCUUAUUUUCAUUUUGUUUUUCUAUUUUAUUUGUUUGUGUUCAAUUUGAACAUUCGAAAAUAAUCUAGUCUGUAUGAGUUGUGUUCUCGAGGCCACGUGUCUGGGUUGGGAUCGGCAAUAGCAGAAAUUCUGUAAUAAAAUAUACCUGAAAAACA